AUGGACUCCCAACUCGUCAACCAGCUGUUCAAACAGCUCUUUCGCCAUCACCCGGCAUGCCAAUCGCAGAAACACCUUCGCCAGCUUGCGACCGCGACAGCCCACAAUGGACACCGAGUACAGCAACACCACAGUCGACAGCAGCGACGACCAUACUCGAGCCAGCGUCGUGGCGCGAGCUCUCCCGUCGGAGAUGAGAGCCAAUGGCAGCAACGGACAAAGAUCUUGAAUCAGGAUAUGACCGAGGAGUACAAGAGAGCGCCAAUGGUGACAGCGGCCGAGCUCUGGGGGAGGAAACAGAGGCCACGUCGGGUCAAAAUGCUCCUAAGGGACUUUAUCGAAGACAGCCUCUACAACCCCAACUACGGCUACUUCUCCAAGCAAGUCACCAUCUUCACUCCCGGCGAGCCCUUCGACUUCCCCGCGCUCCGCGACGAGACCGAGUUCCAGAACGUCCUUUCCCAGCGCUAUGUCGAGUUCGAGGACAAGCUCGACGAGGUCUCUCCCUCGGACACGCGACAGCUCUGGUACACGCCGACGGAGCUCUUCCGCCCUUACUACGGCGAGGCCAUCGCCCGCUACCUCGUGGCCAACUACAAGCUGACGACGUACCCGUACCACGACCUGAUCAUCUACGAGAUGGGCGCCGGCCGCGGCACGCUCAUGCUCAACAUCCUCGACUACAUCCGCGACAUGGACCCGGACGUGUACGCGCGCACGCAGUACAAGGUCAUUGAGAUCAGCGACUCGCUGGCCAAAGUCCAGAACUCGACGCUGAUGCGGUCGGCCGCGGGGCGCGGACACCUCAACAAAGUGGAAAUCAUCAACCAGUCCAUCUUCGACUGGACGCAGCCCGUCCCCUCCCCGUGCUUCUUCCUGGCCUUCGAGGUCUUCGACAACUUCGCCCACGACGCCAUCCGCUACGACCUGGCGACCGAGACGCCCAUGCAGGCCGUCGUGCUGAUCAGCGAAUCCAACGACUUCUUCGAGUUCUACAGCCCCGUGCUGGAUCCCGUGGCCGCGCGCUACUUCCGGGUGCGGGACGCGGCCACUGGCGGGCGGUAUAAGGUGCCGUACCCGACCACGAAGCUGGGCAAGUGGGUUUCUUCCGUGAAGCCGUUCAGCAGCACCAUGAGCGAGCCCGAGUACAUCCCGACGCGGCUGAUGCAGUUCUUCGACGUGCUGAGCAAGUACUUCCCUGCGCAUCGGCUGCUGACGAGUGACUUCCACUCGCUGCCUGAUGCCGUGCCGGGGGUGAAUGCGCCGAUUGUUCAGACGAGGUAUCAACGGCGGCCGGUGCCGGUUACUACGCCUUUGGUCCAUCAAGGUUACUUCGACAUCAUGUUCCCCACAGAUUUCCGUGUGUCCGAACUCGUCUACCAGGCCAUCACCGGCAAGCUGUCCCGGGUCAUGUCUCACGAGGAGUUUAUGCGCAGCUGGGCCUACCUGGAAGAGACGGAGACGCAAAGUGGCGAGAACCCGCUGCUUAAGUGGUAUAAGAAUGCCAGUGUUAUGUAUACUGUAUAA